GUGGUUUUCCGCUCGGUGACAGGAGGCGAUGACAACACAACACACUCACUCCGACUGCCGCGGCCCUCCAGGCAAAGCUAGCCGCUAAAAACCUCGACAAAAGAAGCCCGCAGCCUCCAGACUUGAGGCUGUGUAGCUGGGGAAUCCCUCUGUAUGUGCCACUGGGAGAAACAUCAGCAUGGCAGAUGACAAGGACGUGCUGAGAGACGUGUGGUUUGGCCGGAUUCCCACCUGCUUCACUCUGCACCAGGAUGAAGUCACUGAGAGAGAGGCCGAGCCCUUCUAUCUGCUGUUACCCAGGGUGAGCUACCUGACCUUGGUCACAGACAAGGUGAAGAAGCACUUCCUCAAGGUGAUGAAGGCUGAGGACGUGGAGGAGAUGUGGUUCGAGUACGAGGGGACGCCGCUCAAAUGGCACUAUCCCAUCGGAGUGCUGUUUGACCUGCACGCCUCCAACACUGCCCUGCCCUGGAGCAUCACUGUGCACUUUAAGGACUUUCCGGAGCGCGACCUGCUCCACUGCCCGUCCAACUCUGUAAUCGAGGCUCACUUCAUGUCGAGCAUCAAGGAGGCGGACGCCCUGAAGCACAAGAGCCAAGUGAUCAACGACAUGCAGAAGAAAGACCACAAGCAGCUGUGGAUGGGCCUGCAGAACGAUAAGUUUGACCAGUUCUGGGCCAUGAACAGGAAACUGAUGGAGUAUCCCACCGAGGAGGGAGGUUUUCGGUACAUCCCCUUCAGGAUAUACCAGACGAUGAGCGACAGGCCGUUCAUCCAGAAACUGUUUCGUCCCGUGUCAUCCGAAGGCCACGCACACACACUGGGCGACCUGCUGAAAGAGAUGUACCCUGCGGCUAUACCACAUGAUGACGAGGUGAAGCGCCUCCAGGUGGUGAUCCACGGCAUCGAGCCGCUGCUGGACACUCCUCUGCAGUGGCUGAGCGAGCACCUCAGCCACCCCGACAACUUCCUGCACAUCUGCGUCAUCCCCGCCCCCACCGACUGAGGCCACGCCCACCGUCACCACGACGACGGAGCAGCCCGUCACCCCGGGACUCGGAGCUCAUGGACUCUGAGCGAGACGGGACUGAUGAACGGCGGCGGGUGGACUCGGGAUCAGUUCCUGGUGAAAGAGAGGAGGAGGAGGAGGAGGAGGAGCUGAACGCACCUCCUUUUCCAUCCUGCCAUCCAUCCACUCCUUCACUUCUUCCGCUCCUCCUCCUCCUCCUCUGCCUCCAGGAAAAAAAGACAGCUGUUUGUAUUGGGCUGAGGAGGUGCCGGGACCUUCAUCUCCUCCUCCUCUUCCUCUUCCUCUCCUCCACCCUGAAAAGACGCUGAUGUGCACAGGAGGAGGAGCGAAGAGGUUUCUCCUCUAACAUCCUGCCAUCCAUCCUCCUGUGCUCCUCCUCUCCUCCCAGACAGAGACAGUCCUGUUCACAGGGGGGGAGAGAGAGAGGGAGGGACAGAGAGAGGGAGGGAGGGAGGUAUGUGUUGUUUUUAGCGGGGGAGGGGGGGGGGUAACCCUGUCCUGCUCAAGUUGCCUUAGUUGCCACGUUCGCGUCUUCAUCAUCAUCAUCGUCGUCGUCAUCGUCAUGGCUGUGAGAUCGUCUGGACUUUGGUGACAUCGCUCUGAGUUUACAUCACCGUCAGCCUGGAAAAAACCUUCAUCUGCAAAAACCGGGGGCUGAUUUCUUUUUUUUUUUCCUUUUCCUUUCUUUUUUCAGUUGUAGAUGUUUUUUUUACGGUGGAUUUUUCUGGCUCGGUAGACGUUCGAGGCCCUCGACACACCGAGCUGACAGGCGGCCGUCACGUCUCGUUGAGAUCGUGCGGCGUGUUUCCUGAUUGGCUCUGCCAUCACACCUUAAACUAGCUAGCGGUCUAACGAACCAGACGGAGCUCGCUUCUUCCUUCAGGCUGCGAGCAGAGCAGCCGCAGCCGCAGCUUCUGAUUGGUGGAACCAAACAGAUUCAGAGCAUCAGAGUGAAAAUCAUCAGUGUGUUUCUUUAUCUUCACCGCAAAAACGCAAAAUCUUACCAAGAUUAUUUGUCUUAUUUCAAGUCAAAAAUGCCUUAUUUCUAGUCAAAAUAUCUCAUUACAAUUAAAAUAAGACAUGAUCACCUCAGAAGUAAAUU